CCCGCUGACUGGAUCAAAAUACGGAGCAAUCAAUCCAUUAUAGGAUAUAGCACCUCAUGCAACGAUUUAUUGCUCAUGUAAAGGAGUCGAUAUCAGGGGGGGUGAAGAUGGGACGCUGGUGAUAACCACCGUCUAUAAAUUUGCCCCGAUUUCCACCUUGUAAAGACCAGAACAUUCAACUCGUGGUUCUCCAUUGUCUACCUGGGUAUUAUUGUCUAUCAUGCGCUGCUCCGCCAUCUCCUUGGUCCUCGCCGCUUUUAUUGGCGUUGCCCAAGCCAUUCCACAAAGUCAAGGUGAAUCAUCGAAACCACCACCACCCCCACCCCCGGAGCCCGUUCAGGUAAUUGAACUGCCUCUUCCACCUGUUUCCGACAGUACCACGGGCGCUUGUACGCUCAAAAUCAAUGCCAAAGGCACAGGAUGUAUCAACAGGCCACUCGGAACUUUUCAUGCAGGUGGAUUUACUCCAGAUGACAAACAUGUUGUCGUGAACGUGCAAUAUGUCGGAGCUCCACCCGCCCCAGACCCAGCGAGCAUCUACAAUGGCGAGCAUCUCAUUUUGGUAAAGACAGACGGAACCAAAUUUGGGAAUGGAGAUCCUUGGAAGUGUUUGAGCUGCGGAGUGCCUGCGGAAAACGCUCGAUCUGUACAGCAAGACAAAUCAUAUCCACAUGUCUUCCGGAAUGGAAGGAAAGCGAUAUGGGGACUCAAUAUCCUGGAGUGCGGCGGCGCCAAUCUGGAAAGUGAGAGCUGCAAGCCGGAAAACACGUACAUCUAUCCACUUUAUUGGCCUAAUACGGUUGAUGGUGCCGGUCCUGGAGGAGUUCCUCGUGAGCUUAGAGUUCACCCUGACGACAAUCAUCUCGGGUUCAGUUCGUUCACGAAUUUCAAUGGCCAGCUAGGCCAGAUUGCCUACCUCGGUCUCUUAAAGUUUAACCCCAUCCCUGUAUCCGGCGACACUCGCGAUCCGCGCUACGAUAUUGUCGACGUCGACGUUCUGUUUGACCCGAAAGGAAAGGGCAUCAUUUCCGCCGAUGGUACGAAAUUGAUUAUCAACAAUGAGGCUAUCAAUGUAGGAGAGCUUCGAGGAUUCAGCGGGACAGGAGACGAAGUUACCUGCAUUGGUGGCAGUGUUGAGGCUAACAAUAUGGAUGUUUUUGCUGUUCAUCUCAAAACUGGAGCUGUACGUCGCCUUACGAGCCAUCCGGAGUACGUGGAUCCUGUUGCUUUCUCUGCCGAUAACAAAUGGAUUGUUGUUAUGGAUACCCGAGGCUCGAACCGCCUCAUGUGGGCAGCGGCUAUGCGAGGCAUUCCACCUCUGGCGGAUAUGGUGACCGCGGCUGCUACGGCAGCAUCGCGCAACAACCUUCAACGGCGAUUUUUUCAACCAAUCCUCCUCGAUGGUUUCGGUGACCGGGAUCCGUAUUAUGGACAGAGACUCAACCCACACGACGACAAACCUGAAAGCAUUGGUGACCCAAACUGGAAUGGCCGGGCUGACCCUGCCUUUAGCUAUGAUGGCACCAAGAUUGUGUAUUGGCAGGCUCUCGUUGUAAGUCCGUCUUGCGGUGGAGGCAACCCUCUUCCAUGCCCUGCUUCCACAGCUCAGGGAGGUCGGGAGUACCGCCUCAUGCUCGCCACGCUUUCAAGUCGUAAGGCUCAGAAAGUGCCCAAAGUCUUCGAUAUCGGCAAAGGCGUUCCGUGGGCGGUACGCUACAGACCUGGCGAUGCUUUGCCCCGUCGUGAGGGUUUGAAAACUGGAGAAUAUACAUUGAAAGGGCAGGUAUCAGGGAGUGCUGAGGUUUCUAUUACAGCAGCACCCACUGGGGCUAUUCUCCAUGUAGCCGCCACUUACGUGAACUUCAAUAGCGAUGGGAAACAUACUAUCAAUGGUUAUGAGAACAUCACAAAUAUCCCGGAUCCCCAAAAUCGCUACAAGACUGAACUGAUUUGGUUUUCUGAUCUUGUUGGCACAGGUGCUUCUACGUCGACCAAGAAAUCAACCGAAGGAGGGUUUAAGCUCAAUAUUGAGCUCAUGGUAAACAACUUUCAGGCUACUGGGAAAUUGAUUUCGACCGUGGAUGGAGUUUCUUACGAGCCGCCUGCCAACGGGACUUGAGUGAAUGACCAGCGGUCCAGGACCAACCCUUAGGGUGUAUAUACAUGCGUGGAGAACAUGGAGAUACUGUGAAUUAUGAAGCUGUAAUAACGAUAGUAAUAAUCCAAUAAAAGUGUUUGAAUUAAAAAACAGAAAGCUUAUUGUAUUAAGGGGUCGUCUAUACGUGGAGUUGAUUCCUAUUCCAUUGAAAGCCGUACGAAUUCUAUUCCUAUUGUUC